CUGUGGUAGAACGGGCCGGUCAUUGACCUGAUGCGGCCCCUGCUCACCGAGGGUUUGACGCGGUGACACCUAACUGCCAAAACCAUGUUUUUUAUUUCUAUGUUUAUAUGUGCAUCUCACUCGCCUGAAGCGCCCUGAUGAAGCUCUGCACUGGACUCCACACUCAAUCCUCCGAACAAUACUUCCAUCCAUCCGUGACUGUAAAUGUUCGAUCUUCUUGCUCACCAUAAUCGUUGUCGUUGCUUUUCGAUCCUCCCUUCCGAUUCUUUUACUUUCAAUCCAAUUUCCAAUCUCUUCCUCUCUUGAUCGAUCUCGAUUCCGAUUCUUUAGCCAUGGAGAUGCAUUCCAUCUCGUCGAGUCCGCGCACUGUCGAAGACAUCUUCAAAGACUAUAGCGCCCGUCGUACUGGAGUCGUUCGGGCUCUAACCUACGAUGUCGAGGAAUUCUAUUCGCUUUGCGAUCCAGAAAAGGAGAAUUUGUGUUUGUACGGACACCCAAAUGAGUCAUGGGAGGUGACUCUGCCGGCAGAGGAAGUACCACCUGAGCUUCCGGAACCAGCACUAGGGAUCAAUUUCGCGAGGGAUGGGAUGAACCGUAGAGACUGGCUUUCUUUGAUUGCUGUGCACACUGAUUGUUGGUUGCUUUCUGUGGCUUUCUACUUUGGAGCCCGCCUUAACCGCAAUGAGAGGAAGCGUCUUUUUAGUUUGAUAAAUGAUCUGCCCACUGUUUUUGAAAUUGUAACGGAAAGGAAGCUUGUGAAAGACAACAAGCCCAGUGUCGAUAGUGGAAGCAAGUCCAGGAUCAGCACUAAGAGAACAAUUGAAGGGCAGGUGAAAAGCUAUUCAACACAAUUUGAUGAGAAUUAUGGGGAGGAUGAAGACGAUGAGCACGGUGAAACUCUCUGUGGGAGUUGUGGGGGAAGUUACAGUGCGGAUGAAUUUUGGAUUGGCUGCGACAUAUGCGAGAGGUGGUUUCACGGGAAAUGCGUGAAGAUAACUCCAGCCAAGGCAGAAAGUAUCAAGCAGUACAAAUGCCCUUCUUGCAGCACAAAGAAAAGCGGCAGGCAGUAGUGAACUGAGCUAAAAGCUCGGGGAGGGGACUGACAUCGUUAUAAAGCAGCACUUGGUUACUCCGGUAGAUCUUUUUUUUCUUUUACUGAAUGUGAACAUAUAGCAGAUGCUCUUUUGAGGGGUGUCCAUGUCUGACUUCAUCGCCCUUAAAAUGCAUUUUCCUAUCUAUGUUACCAUAUAAAGAUACAAUGGUUUUUUUUUUUUUUUUCCCCCGGUUAAUAUGUCAAUUUUCAGUAGUUAAGGGAAUAAAUUCGGGCUUCUAUAGUUUUGCA